AUGGCUGAGAAAAUGGCAAACGCAGAAGGAACUCCUGGAUCGUCAGUUGUUCAGGUGGAAGGCGACAUUCACAUCGACCCGGCGUUAGUUUCUCGCAGCGUUUAUAUCACAGGAUUUCGACCGACAACAAAAUCGGAAGACCUAAUUAUUCAUUUUCAGCGUUCGAGAAACGGCGGCGGUGAUAUCGAUAACAUCGUCGUCAAUAAGCGAGGAGCUGCAGUAAUAACAUUUGACAGCCCCGAAGUUGUUGAAACAGUUCUACAGAAGGAACAGGAGUUUAAAGGAGCGGCUUUAACAGUGAAACCAUACGAGGAACGCAUGAAGAAGGAUAAUCAGGACUAUGAGGUGUUUGAGCUGGUUUCUGCAGACCUUUGUUUGAAAACUGUGGAACUCCUCACCCGUGGACAAACAAAAACCCUGUUAGACGAAAUUGCUCGUAAAACUGGUAUUAAGUGGAUUGAAGUCAGUGAAACUUUUACUAUGUCAGGAGGUUUCAAGCAAGUGGAGCUGUCCCGUACCUACUUACAACAAGCUAUAAAUCAGUCUGGUGGAAUAGCUGUAUUUAGUGGCCUGAAAAGAAAAAUGACGCAACCUCAGAAGCAUGAUGAAAACGAGUCUCAGUUUGGAUGCGAUGAAAACGACGGAGGUCUGAACCAAGCCAGCACCACGGCAAUUGCUUUGCAAAAUGGGGUUUAUCGACGAGACCAAGAGCCGCACAAACCACAGUCCAACCACGUUGCUUCUGUCACAACCCCUGUCAUUCAAUAUUUUGAAGUCGAGCCGAAAUUUAUAAGAGUUUUUGUCAAGGCACAUAAAACUGAAGUAGAUGAGAUUGAAGCAGAAUAUCAUGUGGAGGUACCAAGAGAGGCCAAAGGAGGCAAAAUCAGCCUGGUACCAAAGGAUGGGUGCAGUGGUGAAGAAUACGACAAGGCCUGCGACCUGUUCAUUGACUUGUACCAACAGAUGACUAAGGCAAUGAAGAUGGAACGUUUUUCCUUGAAAAGUGAAAAAAAUGUUGUCCGUGCUCGAAAUAGAAUUCAUGAAAUGAAUAAAACGUUUCCAGUCUGUGUUGAUUUGUCAAGGGAUCAAAAGCACUGGGAGCUGUACGGAGAAGAACGCCACUUUGAGGCAGCCCUGGAAUUUCUUAGAAAGGAGGAGGUAGAAAUAAAGAGGGAAUCAGGAAAAGGCAAGGGUGCUGGAGAAUUUCAAGUAUCAAGACAUGAUGAGGAGGCGAUGGAUGUGGAUCCACCAGACACUUCCAGAGGUUCCCAAAGUGGAGAUUCACUAGAAACCUACCUAAUAGGUAAAUUUAAAGUGUCUGUUUACAAGGGAGAUCUUACCAGUGAACGGGUUGAUGUCAUUGUAAACCCCGCCAACAAUCGCCUUCGACACGAAGGAGGUGUGGCUAAGGCCCUACUUGACAGAGGAGGAAAGGUAAUCGAGACAGAGUCAAACAAGAUUAUAGCAAAACGUAAAUUAUUGAAAGAUGGUGAAGCAGUUAUGACAAAUUCCGGAUACCUACCUUGUAAGAAGGUUGUUCAUGCUGUAGGACCAGAUUUCCGAGACGUAGGAUUGCCCCAGAGCAGGAUUCUCCUUCGUCGAGCCUGCUUAAACAGUUUAAUCAUGGCCCAAGACUGCAAAAUGACCUCCAUAGCAUUACCAGCCAUGGGCUCCGGCACUUGUGGCAUGCCAAAAGAGGAAUGCGCCAAAGUCAUGUUUGAUGCCGUUGAGGAGUUUGUUAAACAAGGGAACCCAAAGAAGAAAACAAUCACUGAUAUCAGAUUUGUGAAUAUUGACGAUCCCUCAGUUCAAGCCUUCAGGACGGAGUUCAUCUCUAGGUAUGGAAAUAGCCAAGACCAUGCCGACAGUAAAAAGCUGACAAGAGGAAGGUCUAUUAAAGUGCCACCAAAUGAUGCCGAAGGUGCCACCUCUUCAUUGCCGUCUUCGUCUAGGUCAGAUCGUGGUAGAAACAAGAACAAGAAAAGCUCUGACAACGAUCGGAUAACAACAAACUCGAGGGACGUAUUUGGCAGCCAUCAUCUCAACGCUGCUGGCAAUACUAUUGCGUCAGCCGGUCACCCUUUGAGUGUUUCCAAUUCAAACACAUCUUACAGUGGUGUAGUGAAGAAAAAUCCGGGCACAGGAACUGAUGCAAGAUCGCUCGCAGCUCAAGAGCCUGGUGGAGGAGGCAAACCAGGAUUUCAUCUUGGGCCAUCCAUGGACCGAAAACAUGAAGAUUCUGCUGCUGGCGGAGCCGGCUCAGAAGCGAAAUGCCCGAUCUGCCUCGAUACCGUGACAAAUGCAAGGACUUUGAAGUGUAGACACGUCUUCUGUACAGACUGCGUGGAGACCGCGCUGGAGCACAAUAACAGAUGCCCCGUGUGUAAAGAAGCACAGGGCGUUAUUAGAGGAAAUCAGCCUAAAGGAGACAUGAAUAUUUACAGAAGUCGUCUAAGCCUUCCCGGCAAUAAUGGUUGCGGUGCAAUUACCAUCAACUAUUACUUUCCAUCGGGAAUUCAAGGCCCGGAACAUCCUAACCCUGGUCAAAGAUACGACGGGACACAACGCACUGCCUAUCUUCCUGAUAACCGAGAAGGAAAUGAGGUACUGCAGCUCUUGAGAAGAGCUUUUGAUGCUGGAUUGGUUUUUACUGUUGGAACCUCCGUAUCAACAGGACGGCAAAACCAGAUCACAUGGAAUGAUAUUCACCAUAAGACUUGUAUGUCUGGAGGUCCUCAGGGCUUUGGAUAUCCCGAUCCAGACUAUCUUAGACGGGUCAAAGAAGACCUAGCUGCCAAGGGAAUCCGCUAAUUGAAAGCAAUCCUACGCUUGUUAAAAAAGUUGAAAUGCGUCCGGAGUUAUUAGCAUCUCUGUGUACAAUAAGAAAUGGAAGAUUAAGUAAACAAACAGUUUUACCAUAGCUAAUUAUAUAGGUUUGGAAUUAAAAUAAGCUUCUGCUAAGUAAACUUGCAGUUACCUUUCUUCGCGGGCUUAAUUUUUUUUCCCGCUCAAGAGACGUGCGAGACUGGACCCGAAAAAUUCCAUACUGAUGACGAAGCUCUACAGAGAUCCAUUUAGUGAAUCUGAUUGGCUGAUGCUAUUGCGCAAAAUUCGAAAUCAAGCAGCAGCUUAUCUUUGGCAUUACAGGCUAUAUCAUCACAAUAGAAAGGUUCGGGUCGAGACCUAAGACGAUUUCUAACUAGGAAAGAAUAAAUAAAGUUGAGCGUCUGCAAUAGUAAUAAUGACAAUAAUCAUGCUGAAAGAUAUGUCGUCAUGUGAAAACCUUUUCCUGUUGAGAAUUUUUUAAUAUGCUGGUCUUGCUAAAAGAAGAAACAACCUAUAAGCGAAAAUAAGGUAUAUACGCGUAUUUAGUGCGCGUCCCUUUCGCAAAUUUUGUCAGCCGCGCGAAAUAGUGAAAAAAUGCAGUCUUUUGGAGUAUGUCUUUUCACAAAACUUGAGUUAAUAGGUUUCACAUUAGGGUUUUACAGUGUCAGCAUUUAAGCACAUAAGAUUAGUGCAUGGCAGACCUUGCUGGGUUUGUGUUUAAUUCUCAGGAAUACAGAUGAAAGUCGUUUCUUGGUAGCUGUACUGAUUGAUGUAUCUAAUGAACUUAGCUUGACAGCGUUCAAGAUAUGGACAUAACGUAUCAGUGAGAUAUCGUAUGUCCCUGAAUAGCCUAUUACUAGCUUGGUGAUGUAACCGUGUGUACUUUUAUGUCAUCUUGGGUUGUUUUGACAUGUAAAAGCAACAAAGUAUAUUUGUAGAAGUGAUGUUCGAGCUGAGGUACCUGGGUAUCGAUUUAUCUUUUGUUGUUAAUUGAUGUUGCAUUACAAUACUUGUGAUCAAAUUGAAGUUAGUCCCGAA